AGUGACCAUACACUGGAGAGCUGGAGAGAGAAGGUUCCUACUAGGACGUGGGGUGCUACAGUACUAACUUCAGGCAGAAAGAAAAGCCACAAGAGAUAGCAUGGGUCAGUGUAUAAGGCACCCCAUGACCUGGGAGGAAUUGGAGGAAUAUCAGGCGCUGACUUUUCUGACCAGGAAUGAGAUCUUAUGCAUUCAUGACACCUUCUGCAAGCUGUGUCCCAGGGGCAAAUACUACAAGGAGGCCACUCUGACAAUGGAUCAAAUCAGUUCCUUGCCAGCCUUGCGGGUUAACCCUUUCAGAGACAGAAUCUGCAGAGUGUUCUCCCAUGAUGAUGUCUUCUCAUUUGAAGAUGUUUUGGGAAUGGCUUCCGUAUUUAGUGCCCAGGCCUGCCCCAGCCUGAAGAUUGAGUACGCCUUCCGCAUCUAUGCAGAUAUUAAUGAGAAUGGCUUCAUCGAUGAGGAUGACCUCCAAUGCAUCAUCCAGCGAUUGCUGAACACUACUGAUGUGGGUGACGAUUUGCUAAAGAAUCUGACUAAACAUAUAUUGGGAGAAUCGGAUCUGGACAAUGACCACAUGCUGUCUUUUGCAGAAUUUGAACAUGCCAUGUCUAAGUCCCCAGAUUUCAUGAACUCCUUUCGGAUUCAUUCCUGGGGUCUCUGAUGGUGAAGCUGCCUUGCUGAGAACAUCCUAAACAAUCAGUCUUCCAGCUGCCAUAUGGGAGGCCUCUAUAAUCCUGUUCACCCUCUCAUAUCUGGAGGCUAAGAGAGGGAUAUGGUUACAAGUGUAUCUCUAUUUCUUUUAAGAGAAUAAAGCCACAGACAGG